UGCCGCCUAUCAGUGCCAGUCAGUGCCGCCUAUCAGUGCCAAUCAGUGCCAGUCAGUGCCACCUAUCAGUGCUGCCAGUCAGUGCUGCCUAUCAGUGCCAGUCAGUGCCACCUAUCAGUGCCAGUCAGUGCCUGCCAGUCAGUGCCAUCUAACAGUGCCAGUCAGUGCCACCUAUCAGUGCCAUAUAUGAGUGCCACUUUUCAGUGCACAUCAGUGAUGGCUGUCAAUGCCAUCAGUGCCACCUACCAGUGCCUCAUCAGUGCCCAUCAGUGCCACCUAUCAGUGCCCAUCACUGCAGCCUCAUUAGCGCACAUCAGUGGA